AUGUUCAAACUCCGACUUACAAGCCAUCCCGCGUUUUUCACGUUCAACACAAGUCCCAACUUACCACCAUCUCCUACGUAUGCACAACCGUCGCAACGCAAUGAAGACACGACUCGGACGACGCCUGAUGCAACAACACGAUGUGUUCACCGCAGCUGUAAACAUGACAAAGGGCGCGUGAGAGUCGUGAGGGGAGGCCAACAAGAUGACACCACCGCCGUCUCUGCUCGGCUGCGAGUGAGAUCGCACCACCGCCAUCUCUGCUCGGCUUUGAGUGAGACAACACCGCCGCCGUCUGCUAGGCUCUUCAGCAAAACCUGA